CACGUGCAACUUGAGAUAUCAUAGUAUAAUGGAACCUAGUAUGAGACCAAACAAUAUGAAGCUUUCUUUUAUUUUCGUUUUCACCUUUCACUUCUACUUGAUUGUUUUAUCUUACUCCAAAUCAAUUAUCAAAACAAUUCCAGGAUAUGCAGGAGAUCUUCCUUUUAAACUUGAAACCGGGUAUAUUGGAGUAGGGGAGAACAAAAACGUACAAUUGUUUUAUUACUUUGUCGAGUCAACAAGGAACCCACAAGAAGACCCGCUUAUAUUUUAUAUUCCCGGUGGACCAGGUGCUUCUGCGUUAAUCACAUUCUUAUAUGAAUUAGGUCCACUUAACUUUGAUUUGGAUAAUGAUCUGGACAAUAUCACAUUAAUACUGAAUCCAACCACAUGGACACAGAUGGCCAACAUCAUAUUCGUGGAUAUACCGGCUGGUGCGGGAUUUUCCUAUGCUGAAACAAAAGAUGGAUGGAUUAGCAGCGACAACAUCCUGGCUGAUCAUGCUAAUGCGUUCAUAAAGAAGUUUCUCAAUGAUCAUCCCAAAUUUUUGAAGAAUCCACUUUAUAUAGCAGGGAUUUCAUACAUUGGUAUUGUUGUUCCAAAAAUCACUCUAGACUUGUAUGAAGGUAAUGAGCGUGGGGAUCAACCGACAUUGAAUAUUCAAGGGUAUAUUCUAAUCAGUCCGCUUACUGAUAAGUUCAUGGAUUUCAAUUCAAGACUUGAAUAUGCUCAUCGUAUGGCACUUAUAUCAGAUGAUAUUUAUAAGUCUGCAAUAAAAAAUUGUUAUGGUAACUAUGUGGACAUUGAUACAGCUAACUCAUUAUGUGUAAAUAGUCUGCAUCAAUAUGAGCAAUGCACAUGCCGUAUCAAUAUGGAUAAUAUUUUAGAACCAUUUUGUGACGAAAAUGAUCCAAUGCCAGAUUGUCAAGAAGCUUUUGAAAAGGUUGUAACCAUUUGGGCAAACAAUGACGUUGUACAAAAAUCUCUCAAUAUCCGUCAAGGAAAAACUGGAAGAUUCGAGGAACUCAACAAUACCAUGCAUUACCAACAAGGAAAGAAUGACACAUUUUGUUAUUCUUAUGAUAUUUUUAGCAGUUUUCCCUACCAUAAGAAACUUUCUACUAAAAAUUGUAAAUCGUUAAUCAUGAGUGGUGACCAUGACAUGACAUUUCCGUAUGUUGGCGUAGAGCAUUGGAUUGGUUCUCUCAACCUAAGUGUUGAAAUACCAUGGAACCCUUUUUAUGUUGAUGAUCAAGUUGGGGGAUAUGCAAUGAAAUAUGUACACAACAACUAUUCACUGACAUAUGCUACGGUUAAAGGUGCAGGACAUUUGGUGCCACAUUACAAGCCUAAAGAAACUAUUGUAUUAGUCGAAAGAUGGUUUUCGUCGCAAACUUAUUCAAGUGAUUCUUAAGUGAGAUACCAGGGCGGAUACUAUAUGAUGUGUCAUGAAGCAUAUCAUUCAACAAAAAAAUACAAUGAAAAAACUUGUUAUUAUUAUUUCCAAAUAAAGAUUAAAUCCAAACAAUACAUUAUUUAUAUUAAAUUGGACUAUUUAGAGUUGUGGGUAUUAUGUAUCAAUGUAAAUGACAUAUAAAUUUACAUGAAUAGUCAAAAUGUCAUGUUAAGGUGAACAUUUCAUCAAAAAUAAAGUUGACAUCUA